CGACAUCAUAGGUAAUGGGUAGAGCAUCCAAGUUCAUCACCCAUCCUCAGUUUCCAUAUUGUUUACAAACAUUCAGCGAUCGCUUUCCCAAGGAUGUAAUUCUUGCAACAUAUGAUAGUAUUCAAGUAGAAUAAGGACAACCUGCUUCCCAUCCCUGCUUUUGCCAACUUCUUUACAUCUGGAGAAAGAAGCAUUCUGACAAUCUGUACUAUGAACGAUCCGAUGGCCAUUCAACUAUACCAAACAGCAAUGAAAAGCGUUGUUGACAGUGAAACGUACGAGAAAUCAAGUAAGAGCAAGUUAUCUGCAUUUCGAUCCAUCUGUGGUAUCCUGGAGAAUCAAUUUGUGAAGGUCACAAGCUGUAUACUAACCGAUCCAAAGUGUGCUGCUAAGUAUGCCAAGAAUGGCCAGGCGUAUUGCGCUCAUCUGAAAAGAAAAUACGAGGAUAUCGCUACUGACGACAGUUAACUCUAGGAAAAACAUUUUGACAUUAACAGAACCUACCUUUUUGCAAUCUCAUCUAACGAUUUAUAUUUCUGCGGUAGUGUGACGCCGUUGGAAGGUCCAGAAGAGGCUGAGAUAACCGUGUUAAAUCGAUUGUCCUCCAGAACCGAUGAUUGAGAGCUCAUGGAAAAGUUCAAGAAAGGCAACCCUGGCCGAAUGAAUUGGCUGAUGUGCUUUGAUACUGGAAGAGCUCGUGACCACUUCGCAAAGUAUUUCAACUACAACAGCCUG